AUGCCGGACUCGAACGUUCCAAUCUUCAUCACCCCAAAUGGCACUGUCUACAUUGGUGGUGGCAACGACGCCAACUGCACAGUCUCCGUCUGCCCAAUCGAGAUGAGUGUCUACGGAUACCGACCUGCUCUCUCUGCAAGCGGCACUCUAAUAGCCCUCUAUGGCCUCUGCAUAGUCGCCCAGCUAGUCCUCGGUUUCCGGUACAAGACCUGGGGGUUCAUGAGUCUCAUGUUGCUCGGCUGCGUGGACGAAAUCAUUGGAUAUGUUGGCCGCAUCUUGUAUUGGCAGAAUCCAUGGGCCCAGGCUGGGUUCAUCAUGCAGAUUGUCUUGAUCACCAUCGGUCCCGUCUUCUUCGCUGCCGCCAUCUACGUGCUGCUUGCUCAAAUUGUUAAAUACAUCUCACUGCAAUCCUCGCGUUUCGCGCCCAAAUACUUCUACUGGAUCUUCAUCCCCUGCGACAUCAUCAGCCUGGUCCUCCAAGCCGUCGGCGGCGCCAUGUCGUCCAACUCCAACGGCCGCUCCAAAGCCGGCGUCGACGUCGCCCUCGCGGGCUUGGGCUUUCAGGUAUUCACGCUCGCCGCCUUCGUGGUGUUGGCCAUCGACUACGCCAUCCGCAGCCGCCGGGUGUGGAUGUUCGUCCGUUUGCCGACCCGCUUCGUUGUCUUCACCGGCUUCCUGACCGCGUCCACGAUUCUGAUCCUCAUCCGGUGCUGCUACCGAGUCUACGAGCUGAGCGAGGGAUAUUCGCGCACGAGCGAGGCGCUGAGGGACCAGACCAUGUUCAUUGUCUUCGAGUCAGCAAUGGUCAUUGCCGCCUCCUUCUGCUUGAUCCCCGCCCAUCCCGGCUUUGUCUUCAAGACUGGCGACGAGGCACAAGUCCCCGACCCCUCGGUCGCUGAAAAGGCCCUCUCCUCCGCCAAAGUCAGGUCCGCCAGCCGCUCCCCGGACUCAGGCGAGAGGCUGUGA